AUGUCAACCACAUCAGGCCUAACGCGCCGGAGAGGCGGCCCCCCCGCCGGAGCCGGUGCCACGGGCGGCGCAUCCACCCCGACAGAAGACAGCGGCCGCAACUCGUCGGGCGGUGGCGGCGGCCCAGAAACUUCCUACGAGUCGGGGGAGAACGGUCACCGGAUUGCGUUUGAUCCCCGCGACAUCUCGGAGAGCGCCGAGAGGUCGAAGCAGCCCAAGUUGACGCUGAUGGAGGAGGUGUUGUUGCUUGGGUUGAAGGAUAAGCAGGGUUACCUCUCCUUCUGGAACGACAACAUCUCGUACGCCCUCCGCGGCUGCAUCGUCCUCGAGCUUGCCUUUCGCGGGAGGAUCUCGAUGCAAAAGAACCCUUCGAGGAGGAACCUCCCGCUGCCGGACAGGGUGAUUGAGGUGGUGGAUGACACGUUGACGGGGGAGGUGCUGCUGGACGAGGCGCUCAAGAUGAUGAAGAGCAGUGAAAAGAUGAGUGUGAGCAGUUGGAUUGAUCUCAUGUCUGGCGAAACAUGGAACCUAAUGAAAAUCGGCUAUCAACUCAAACAAGUCCGCGAGCGGCUCGCCAAGGGCCUCGUGGACAAGGGCAUCCUCCGCACCGAAAAGCGCAACUUUUUGCUGUUUGACAUGGCGACCCACCCCGUCGUGGACGGGGGCGCCAAGGAAGAGAUUCGCAGGCGGGUGCGCAACGUGUUGACGCAGCGGACGGUGGUGCUGAACAAUUCGCAGUGGCUGCCGGAGGGGCUGGAGUUUAGGUACCUGAGGACGGUGGCGAUGGUGUGCGCGGCGUACGCGGCGAACGUGCUGGAGAACGCGCUGAGCACGCUGGGGCACGAGGCGAGGGAGAAGGCGUUUAACCAGACGGAUGAGCUGCUGGCCGAGUACAGCCAGUGGCCGUUUGGGAGGGGGGCGGUGAGGAAUGAUAUUGGGGAGAAUCUGCCGGGGGUUAUUACGGAGGAAGUAAACAAGGCAAAGGACAAGGAGCUGCAGCUCGAGGUUGUGGCGGCUUGUUUGUGCGUUUUUACGAGGUUGGAUUCGCUGCUUUAG